AUGGGUGAGCGGUCCAAAGUCCUCGUCCUCGGUGGCACAGGCAAAGCUGGUAUUUGCCUCCUUCGCGAGCUGCUCUACCGCAACCAUGAAACGAUUGCCUAUGCAAGAAACCCGAGUAAAAUACCUGAAGAUGUAGCGUCAAAUCCGCUCCUAUCAGUCAUUCAAGGCGAAAUCACCGACAAUCAAGCGCUCUCAUCAGCAAUAUCCCAAUGCCAUAUGAUAGUAUCUCUCCUCGGCCCAGUUACCAUACGAAUGACCGAUCCCGCACAAUAUGCCAACUUUUACAAAGAAUCCAUCUUUCCCCUCAUGAGAGAGCACUCGGUGAAACGAAUCUACGCCAUGGGGACUAUUUCCAUCCGUCGCCCCGAAGACAGUUUCUCUUUCGUGAGAUGGCUUAUACGACUACUCAUGAUGACGAUUGCCAUGACGGUGUACAAGAAUGUGCUUGCAAUUGAGAAAGUGUUUGAAACAGAGGCCACGGAUCUGGAGUGGCUUGUGUAUCGCAUCGCUGGAAUCCCGGGAGAGACCGAUGAGGCGAGCUGGCGUGUUGAUAGAGAGGAAGGCAAGACAUUCGUAGGGUGGGUUGGUGAGAAGGGGUGGCAGGCGUCACAGAAGAGGGCUGCUUUGACGAGAUGGCUCGUGGAUGCGGUGGAAGGGGGAGCAGAGGAAUGGAUUGGGAAGAUGCCUGCUACUCCAGAUGUCGUCACUGGUGCCAGGAGGCCUGUUGACCUCGUGUUGAUCACUGCCGAUGCCGAAAACAGUGGAGAUGUUAGUUGA